GACAUAGCCAGGAGGGAGAACUGGCCCAGCUCGUGGCGAAGGAUGCCCUCGACUUCCCGUGCCUUCUGCCUCCGAUGGCAAGACCGCGGGGUCAUGGGAAGGAGGCGCCCCACCCGCGAGCGCUCAGCACCGCAUGGAGUUCAACCCCGAGCGACCGCAGCCGUCUACAGCCCGCAGCGCGAAGCGCAGAGAGCUGCGGGGGGGGGGGGGGCGCGCGCCAGCCGAGCGCCGGCCAACCUGCCAACAAGCAGGCGCGAGCCCAGGGCGCCGAUGGGACGACGCUGCUCUGGGGGCGCGGCUGCCACACCUGCGGCAGCGCUGCUCCCGUGAGGCGGCCCUGUGCGACGCCGCGGCCAGGAGGCGAGGAGGAGGCCCCCCAGUGGCCCAGGAGGGGCGCCUGCGGUUGCUGCCGCUUUCCUGGCGGGCCGAUGCCGCGAGAUGGCGCCCGUCGGCGCAGCGACUCGAGGGGUGGCUACCGCGGCUGCGCGGGCGGGCCGAGGCAGGACGGCCCGAGGGCCCGCCGGGGCUCUGGCAGCCGCUCGCGCGGAGACCGGCGGCGCGAGGACGGGCGCAGCGGCGACCGCCGUGGAGACCGUCGCGCUUCCGACCGCCAUGGCGAGCGCCGCGGCGACGACCGCGGCGACAGUCGCCGCGGCGACGGGCGCCGCGGAGAAGGCCACGGCGAGCACGCGGUGCGCGGCCAAGAGAACCCAGCGCAGGCCGAGCGCCGCAGGGCGAGGGCCUCGCGUUCGCCGGAGCGCGGCAGGAGGGACAACGACGCGCCCGCCAGGGCGAGGCCCGCGUCUCUGGCCAGGAGCAGGAGCCGGGACAGCUCCAGCCCCAGGCGCACCCCGCCCCGGAGGCUGGCCCGUGUCUCGGCCUUCGACCAGACGGUGGCAGAGCCCGAGGAGCUCACCAGCCUCCAGAAGCUGGCGGUGCUGACGGAGGAGAACCCGGCAGUGGCCCUGGCGCUGCCCUCGGCUGGGGGGCGUUUGCUGGCCGGCGCAGAUGCCACAUCUGGCGCGGGUGCGUUGGCGCUGGCGGUGCCUGUCCCCGCGGCGCAGGCCACGGCCCAGCGGCAGGCCUACCCGCCCAACCCGGAGCUCGAGGCAUUCCUGGUCCGCCACCCGCUGGAGGCGCACGCGGCGACGAAGUUGCGAUCGAUGCCUCCCGAUCAGGUCCACAUGAUCAUCAGCAUGUCCUUGCAGGGCGCCCGGGACGCGACCGCUGUGAUUUGCGGCAGGAUCCGCAACAUCGACAAGUUCGCCGGCGGCAUCCACAUGGGCGCGCGCAGUGGCGCAAAGGCCUUGCAGGGUCCAUUCAUGCAGCCCCCUGCUGGCCUGUCUGGUGUGGUGACCACAAUUGUGCCAGAUGACCCACCGCCAGAUCCGGCCGUCAAAGAUGAGGAGCUCGACGCGGUCGUUGCGCAAAUCACGUCCGACGCAUCCCAAACUACCAGGCGCGCCAAGUCGUCAAAGGGUGAGGCCAACGCAUAUCUCGCCAAGGGAAAGGCCUCAUUCAAGACUCCUUUUGCGUCGCGCCAGGUCCGCAGGGCGCCCUCACCACCAAAGAAGGCAGAGAAUGCUCAACCCGAGGAGCCGUCGCAGCUGAGACCAGUACUCUUCUCCCCUGGAACAGCGCAGAACGAGCAAUUUGGCGGCGUGCGCCCAGCACCUCAGGACGGGGGCAGAGAGACUCUGGCGCCGCCCACGCUACCAGCCGAGGAGCCCGCCGCGGCGAGCCCGCCGGCGCCAGCGCCAGAAGCAGCAGCAGCAGCAGCAGCAGUGGGCGGGCUGACGCUGGAGGGCCCCGCCCUCAUAGCUGCUAAGGCCGCGCUGGCCACGUGCAGGAUGCCUGGUGGCGACGCGCCUGGGCUGAGCGACACCGCGCCGGCCGACCCGUCCGAAGACACCGCCCUGAGGCAAGCGUACACGCAUGGGUUGCACGAAGUGCUCGCGGCGUCGCUCGCUGGAACGCAGCCGGGUGCCCUGCUAGAGGCUCUCGGGUCUGCAACAGGUGUCGGCCCGUUGCAGAUGGUGGCGCCAGUGGCGCAGAUGGUGUCGCCGCAGGAGCUGGCCGAGCGCGGGCGGGUUGCCACGCAAGCGGUGGUGCUGGCCGCGGCGGCCGCUGCAGCAACGCAAGCGGCGCAGGUGGCGGCGGAGUUGGAGGUGCUGACUCGGGCAGCGGAGAACACGUCCAAGGAAGUGCACGAGGCGAUGCGCGCGCUCGGCGUGGCGGGCGCUCAGCUCGCUGCGGCUGCGCCCGCUGCGCCCUCGGCGAAGCAAGCCCCGCCGCCCAGCAGCAAGGUAUCGUCACUCCUGCUGCCACAGAUACCAAAGCUGCCGCCCAUGCCGCAGUUCGGUGCGCCCCUCUCAGGGAAGUCCGCGCCACCAGGCAGGCCACCGGCGGGGGAGGCGAACGCCCGUCUGCUCCUCGAGGUCGCACCCGCAGGGCUGGCGGCGCCGACGAGGGCAGGAUCGUCGAUGGCUGAAAUGCUCAUCAAGGCCGCGGGCGCGGCGCGAGCGGCGCCGACGAGGGCGGGGCCCUCGAUAGCCGAGGUGCUGGAGAAGGUGCAGCAGACGAUGGUUGCAGGCCGCCCUCCGAACGCGACCGCCGCCACGCUGGGAGGGCUGCCGAGCGCCACCAUCGCGGCUGGCCCCUGUGGCACAGCGGGUGAGGCGGCGCGGAGGCAGUACGAGGCGCUGGUCGGUGCAGGAGUGCUGCUGCCCAAACCGGCGGUCGCAACUGGGAGGAAGCAGUAAGUCAGAGGAGGAAAGGUACUGAUACCACUACCCUUGCCUCGUUUUUCCUUUCUUGGGCCUCCUGGGACGCCCUCGUCGCCACCGCUGGAUUUGCCUCGAAAUCUUGGUCAGAUCGCACCCUGCGAGAGGUCCGGGGAGUAGUGGUAUCGGCACCUUUUGGCUUCCCCAAGUACGAGGCGCUGCUCGGUGCAGGAGUGCUGCUGCCCAAACCGGCGGUCGCAGCUGAGAGGAAGCAGUGACCGGGCCUCAGUUUCUUCUUGCACUUCCACUGGUGCCGCCUUAUUCGUAGGCGUGCGCAAGGGGGCCCGACGCAUUCGAUUGGACGAUGAAGCCUUCGCGCUUUCGCUUGCGGAAAGGUGACCUGGAAACCAGGCUCUGAUAAGGUUCUUAGCUAAGUCGAGGAGUUUGGCGCAAUUUCCGAUGUAAUUUGUUGUCCAGGGAGUGAUCUCAAUACGUGACAAUUUCAAUCAUCCUGCGACCCCAGAAGCCAUUGCUAGUCAACGCGACCGCGGA